AUGCGAAGGUUUUACUGCUUUCUCGGAUUACUAUUUAUUCUCGUCUCCUUCACUACUGCUAGACAAAGCCUCUAUGUUAAAAAUCUCAAAUUCUUGCCGCCCUGUGAAAACAACUCGAUUGAUGAAAGCACGGGGAAUUUCAAGUGCAUGGUCAAAACAGGGGCGGAGUGUUUCGCCCUCUGUCAGCAGCACGGCUGCUUUGAGUGGUCAUUCACCUCAUUCAUGGCCAGUACAGACACCCAAUUGCACCCGCACUAUCGGUGCCGGUGUGUGCAGAACAUCUGCCUCUACAACUACGUUCGGAUUAAGGAUCGGGCCUACUCUUGA